AUGGCCAGCUCUACCCCGUCUCUACGGGCCAACAUCGCCUUCGCCUACACAAUGCAUUUGAUGAAACCCGACAGCCUUGAAGCCGCAGUCCAGGACGUGUGGCAAACAAUCGUAUCUCAAUGGUUUACUUCUUCCGGUGGCUACGUAUGGGCCAUAAAAGUCCCCAUACUCGCCAAAAUGCCUGAUGACACCGUCCUCCGGGUUACCCAAGGUGUCCAGAUACCUGCAGGUACAUUUCCGUUGAUCGAACACCCAAUUUUGCUGGUCGUUUGCAAGCGUGCAUCUAGCGAUAGCAGCAAAGCCCCAUUAGACUGGGAUGACGCCAUGCAGAGCCAUUUCCUUCAUCAUAUCUCAGAAACCCCGAACUCGGAAAUGGGUAGACUUUUUGGGGCUGUUGCUGUCGGCACGAGAGUGAGGUUCUAUCGAUUUGAUGGGAAAGCAGAACUAGAUCGUAGAUUGGCAAGGCUUCACCAGGAUACAUUCAAUUUGGAAGAAUUCAAUGGACAUGCACAGGUUGAGGAUAUAAUGAACUCUAUCAAGACAAAUGCGUGGCAGUGGGUUACUAGCUAA